AUGGCAUUUGCACCUCCCAAAAACCUGGAAGGUCCCAAGAUGCAAACAAAGAUGAGCACCUGGACACCACUGAAUCAUCAGCUCAUGAAUGAUAAGGUAUUUGAAGAAAGAAGAAACUUGUUGGGGAAAUGGUUUGACAAAUGGACAGACAGUCAAAGGCGAAGAGUCCUGACAGACUUCUUGGAGCGCUGCUCCCUUUCACAGCUGAAAUUCUGUUUCAAACUGCUGCAGGAUCGAGUGCCAGUUGAAGCACUGGAUUUCACCACCCAGCUUCCCCGAGUGUUAACUUUGUACAUCUUUUCUUUUCUGGAUCCUCGAAGUCUCUCCCGAUGUGCCCAGGUAAAUUGGCAUUGGAACUACUUAACCCAGCUUGAUCAGCUCUGGAUGCCAAAAUGUCUGCGCUUUGGGUGGUACAUCAAUUUCUCUCCAACUCCAUUUGAGCAAGGAAUCUGGAAAAAACACUAUGUUAAGAAGGUAGAAGAAUUUCAAGUCACCAAACCUAAGACCCCAUCAAAAGAUGAUUUUGUGGUGGCUGAUGUUCAGCCAAUAACAAAAGAUGUCCCAGAAAUGAAACAGUCUUUGUUGUCAGUCCUCCAGUCAGCAUCUCUAUUAAGAAGGAAGAUAAACAAGGAGAAGAGAGAGCUCCCACCUUGGCGUUCAUCAGAUAAGCAUCCAACAGAUAUCAUUCGUUUCAACUACUUGGAUAACUUUGAUCCCAUUGAGCAGGCAAGGCAGGCUAGAAGAAAAGGAGGAGGUCUCACCCCAGACCUCAGUCAGUCAGCCUUUCAGAAAAAGAGGAAACCAGGCAGUGGAACAUACAAACUCCGAAAAGCUAAGUCUCUGAUGUCCCUCUCAGCAGAACUUGGCUCGCAGGCAGAAGUUUCAGUUCGCCCAAGCUGGGCUAUGCAUCAGCCAAACAGCUGCCCUCUGACUAAAUCAACAGCUAAAAUAUUUUCUCAGAGUGCUCAGUGGAAUGCUGGGAUACGUCCUGCACCUGCCCGAAAGCCAGUCCCAAAGCUGAGUGAGAAAGGAAGGAAAGCCUUUACCCGAACUAGCAGAAGCUCACCAACAUCACCACUGUUUGAAAGUCAACCCUGGGAAGUUCCAUCAUCCAGCUAUCUAUCUGAUGCAGAGCAAGAAGAUGGAGAAAAGAGAACCUCAGAAUCACCACUGAUUUAGUCUCCAAAAAGAAAAGGCAUUCGUUCAGUUGUUGUUAAGUGAAAUGUCUCUUUCCCUGAAGAGUUUGUGUUUGGACAAGGAUUAAGAAUCACGUGGAUAGUUGACAGAUUUAUCAUGGCUUUAUUUCCAUAGUGAAUCAAUUAACAGAUAUCUUGGUUUUAAAACCUUGUGAAGCCAGGAACUUGCCAUGUGGCCUUGGAUUGUUUCCCAGCCUCAGUUUAUGAACUGCAGAAAGGAAAUGGUCUCAGUGUAUUUCAUAGGAAUGUUGUGAGGGUGAAUAUUAUAGGGAUUCCAACAGCUCAAUUCUGUAUAUGUUUACUUAUGUAUUCAGUGAAAUUUCCAGAUAACUGAGUAAACAAUUGCAGCUGAAAGCACUUAGAAAUGAAUACAAUGUAUCUGAAUGCAGAAUUAAAGAAACAAGUAGAAAAAUGG